AUGAGCUCUCCAAACACCCCUUCAAAGCACGGCAGUCAUGGUCAGCUGCGGCGCCCUUCUUUCCUCUCCAACGAUGAUAGCCACAAUCCAUUGGGCACUCGCAGUGGCCAUCUCCAGUCCCUGAUCCGCAACCGCUCUGCUCAGAGCGUGCAUAGCUUGAGCAGCUCCCUUCCUACACACUCUGGCCCCUUCUGGAUGGGCCCUGAUGACGAGGAAACUGCAUUGAUCCGUCACGACAAUGACGAGCUUGGCAGGCUGCUCGCCGACGAGCGCCGCCUUACCCAGCUGCUCCAUGGUCCGCAGAACCGCAGCGCAGGGCUAAUUGGCAGGAGCAACCCUCGAUACCGCUGGGAGCAGUACUGGAAACCCGAAGAGGAGCUCUCUGCCAUGCCUAAACCUCUGCGCGAGUACUAUGAGAGAACAAACGAUCUGAUCCAACAAUACCUCUACAUCGAUGCUCUCCUCGACUCGGCCAUCCCCCACGAUCUACUCAACGAGUACCAGGCAGAGCUCGAUUCCUCUGCUUUCCGAUCAGUUGACGUGCCAGAUACCAUCACGGAGGAGACCACCACCAACACCACUGAAACAUCUCCCCUCAAUGGCUCGACUCCUGCAUCUUUCACCCCUGGAUCAUAUGGCGCCGUGAGCGUCAAGCCCAACAACUCGUCUACCAAGCUCCCUGCCACCCGCACGCCUCAGGAUAUCUUCCGAUCUUCUGAGAACCUUCCUCUUCUCCAACGGCCGGAUCACAGCGAGGAUGAGAACGAGGAGCCGCCUUCAGUGCCCGCUAGUCAAGGCGAUGACAACGGUCCCAAGCCUUUGCUGCCCUGGCUUGAGGAUGCUGAGAUCGACAGUGACGACCCUAUCGUAACAUUGGCUAUUUGGGUCAACUUUAUUGCCAACGGUAUUCUCCUCGCUGGAAAGCUCGCUGUCAUCGUAUCUGUCCCUUCCAUGUCGGUUCUUGCUAGUUUGGUCGAUGCUGUGCUGGACUUUCUCAGUACUAUUAUCGUAUGGAUAACCACACGUCUCAUCUCCUCCAGUCAUCAUGACCAGUACAGCUAUCCUGUUGGUCGUCGCAAGGCUGAAGAUGCAAAGACGGAUGUUAUCUUUAACACGGGCUCUAUCUUGUUCCCUAUUAUCGGCUUCUACGCACGAGUUUGGUGGUUGGAUGCCUUUGGUGGUUUGUUCCUCUCCAUGGUUGUCAUCUUCAACUGGAGCCAGACCUCAGCGCAUCACGUCCGCAACCUCUCAGGCUUCUCAGCUCAGCCCGACGAGCGUAACCUGUUGUUGUACCUGACGAUGCGCUUCGCCACAGCCAUCCGCCAGAUCCAGAAUUUGCGCGCAUAUCACGCCGGUGACAAGCUCUUUGUCGAGGUCGAUAUUGUGCUCUCUGCCGCGACGCCCCUCAAGGACAGUCACGAUCUUAGCGAGGUGCUCACAUACUUCCUCGAGUCUGUGCCAAUCGUUGACAGAGCCUUUGUUCACGUUGACUAUACAAGCUACAACGCUCCGACACAUAUGCUCAAAGGAUCUGCCGCGAAACCCAAAUGA